CUCAAAGGCCAAAUACAAAUACCCUUAUCCCGAAGUAGGUAGCGUCGUCAUAGAUGACGGGCGUUUCGCGCUCAUCCGGCAGGCAAUGGAAAUCUAGGAGGCUAUGGAGGGAAAGCUAGGAGACUAGGAGGUAUAAGUUAUAGUGUUCCGUGCUAUGCCCGUACCGAUACACUGGUAGGUGUUCAGUGACAACGGCACUAGCAGUGAUACAAAUGGUCUGUGGCGAUACUAGCCGGUGUUGCCUCUCCUUGCGAAGUUUAGGCUCUGUGCCGUGCUUCCUACCGGGCUGCAGAAAUUAGGCGCCUUCAUCUUCUAAUCACUACCACCACCACCUCGCUACCACCACCACCUUGCUUGUACAAAGACUUCGUGUCUGUCGCCGCCGAUCUACGCAGAAGGAUACAUUGGCGACAAGCGUCAGGCACCGACACUGGAUGCAUAAACGCCUUCAGCAUAAGCGGCGAAGCGCGGAAGAUUCCCAACUCGCGUGGUUGUUGAGUUUGGAGAGCCUGUGCAGUUUCUCUAUGGGGGAAGGCAUUCUUCAAAGGACAGCUGUCUGCCUGAAUCGCGGGUUAUCUUGUGUGAUUACGUGUGGUGCCACAACUGUCUCCUGUAGGACACAGUUGAUUUGUGGGUUGUUUAGGUGCUGCACGUUUCGCUCCCUCCGUAUUAGCACUUUUAGCCGCACUUUUGAAGCAGUUUAGUGCUUCUGGCAUAAAUUUGCUUGGUUUGGACUCGCCGAUUCUCUUUCGAGUGACUCGUGGUACUUUGUUUGGACCAAAUUUUUAGCUUUGUUGUGAAACUGAGGAGAGACUGCGGUACAGAUAAGCUCUUAGACUUUCUUAGAAGUUGUUCAUGGUGUGCGUUCAUAACGUUCUCGUGAAGUGGAAUUGAUCUUCUAAUGGGGUGCACAGUUCGACAUGUUUCUUCGUCCCAGCCAUGUUAUUUGUGUACUUGCAUGCGUUUUGAUUGACCGUGUACUAGAUUACACGAAUGAGUACGUCGAUAGCAGUUGUAGACUAACAGAUAUCACACAUUCUGAAGCGGCCCCGGUCAAGGCAUCGAGCUCUGUGUGGUGUCGUGGAUCCAACUAUACUGUGAGGACAUGCGUAUUUAAGAACUUGUAUUAUCGAGGAGACACGGGAGAUUUCGUUUUUUUACAUGGCCCAGGAACGACUCUGCUUGGCGACCUGAACAAAAGAAAUGAUCCUGCGCUUACCGAUCUGUCGUCCGUAAGCGAUCAUGGGGCAUUUUACUUUAAUUUUGUGGACGUACCUUUGUCGGCAUUUUCAGAGCUCGAUGUUGUAGAUAUUGACAGUGACACGCUUGUGGUCAGUCGUUUCAAUCCGAACAAUUUGAUGCAUGUGUUUCACGAUGACCUCAUACCAAUAUUUUCGACUGUUCGAGAAAUACGUAGCUGCAGCAGUAAUGUAGAAGUGCUGCACUGCCUUGACAACAUUACACUGUUUUUGGCUGAUGAAAGACAAAAGGGACCUUACUGGCAGCUGUAUAAAGCCCUUAUCAAAAAUGGAAAGAUACUGCACAGAACUCAAGUGUCUAAGUGGUACCGCUUUAGAAGGGCAUUUGUUGGAUUGCGAAAGGACAGUACGUGGUACCAAUAUGGUUUUGUAGUCCCACAAGGCCCUCUCAACAGUAACCUUAAGACAGCAGGGGCUGAAGUUGGUUUGUUUGCUCAAUUUUUCCUUCAUGCACUUGAUAUACCAUUGAAAUCGGAGAUAAACAGGAGCCAUGCACUCAUAAUAUCUAGAACCAAGAACAGGCUUAUCACAAACCUAGGUGAGCUAGUCAACAUUGUGAAGCGGCACACCAAGCUUACACCAGUAGUCAUUAACCUGGAAAGUGAAGCUAUCCGAGAAGUAGUAACCUUGCUGAGACGCACACGGCUUCUAAUAAGUAUGCAUGGCUCAGCAUUGAUUUUAUCAAUGUUCUUGCACCCAGGGUCAUCAGUGUUAGAACUGUUUCCGUAUGGCAUUAAUCCUGACAACUACACUCCAUACAAAAUCCUCGCAAAUCUUCCAUCAAUGGAUAUUUCCUAUGCAGCAUGGAGAAAUACAAACAAGGCCAACACAGUUUUUCACCCUGAAUUUGAGCCACAGUAUGGUGGAAUAUAUCACUUGCAACUGGAAACCCAGCAAGAGAUACUCCUAAGCAAAGAAGUUCCACCACACUUGUGCUGUGACAAUCCCAACUGGCUCUUUCACAUUUAUCAGGACACGGCAGUGGACACAUCAGUUGUCCCAAUGGUUAUCAACCUAUCUACUGAACAUAUUCUUAUACGCAAUAACCAUAACAAGAAUAUUUUUCCAGGAAAAAUUCUGGAACUGAAAUGUGAAGUGCACAAGCAUUCUGAAAGCAACACACAGUUGGUAGUCUCCUGGCUUGAGCCAUGGAACGUAGCAUUAGCUAGUUUCAGUCAUUGCUAUUAUGAAGCAUGGUUAAAAAGUGGUGCAGAGGUUCAUAUGAUACAUACAAAUACAACAUCUUUUGUACGAAACAUUACAACUGGUAACCUUCACAUAUGGGUUAAAGCUGUGUGUGAUGGAAAUUCUGGUGGCUUCAAUGCCUUUCCUCCCAUCUGCAGGGACAAUGCCUAUUGAAAACUUUCACAGUUGUAUGACAGAACAUACAUGCUAGAUAAAGUGUCUUCCAAUGCGUAGAUUAUGACAACAUGCUGAUGGUCACUCGUGUCUAGCUUUCUGUAAUGUGUGCAAAAUGCAGCCUUCCCAUUUUUUAAAAAUAAAUGAUAAAUAAAAAUGAAUUCAGCAAAGCAAGCUUACACUGUAACUGCACUGAACUCUUUUUUUUUAUUUGAACAUACUGUAGGCUUUUCACGACCUAUGCAGGAGCUUCAUGUUCUCUCGCUUCAUGUUCAGACUGUACCAACAAAAUUAUCAUUUUCUGCCAGCCAAUGACAAGCAGGCUCUCAAUGACAAAGUCUACAUUAUCGUGUAACUUUAGUCACAAAUAAAUGAUGCACUAUGCCUAUUGCUUUUUUUUUUAAGGAAAGCCUUCCUGCAACUUGCGUCAUUGUUACACCAGUACGCAUGUUUUGAAAAAAAAAAAAAAUUGUAGGUAUGAAGUCAAUUUUUGUAAUGCAUUGUAUACAAGCAUUGUGAUGUGGCAGUUUAGCAGUUAAAAAAAUGCCUCAAAUAAACUUUAAAUACAGCAGCAUUUACCAAUACAGCCAUUGAUGCAUGAUGCUGGAAUAGUUUAGACAUGUGAAAGAAAUCUUCGAAUUACGCAUUCGAUGCUCUAACCACUGAGCUAUCACAGCAGCCUUGUAAAAGAAAUCUUGAAACCAUAGACUACUACAAUGUAAUAAUUAUAUUAAAGUGGCUUGUGUCAAUGAAGCUUUUUCAUGUGGCUGCAUUCUGUGUAAUGAGUAGCAUGCUUUAAACCACAAUCAAUUAUGCACAUGAAAUCUUUUCAAUCUUGCUAUGCAUCCGCUACAUGGUGUUAGAGGAAUAUGUGCUGUAGCAUGUGUGCCUUUAGUAGUGGGUGGCCGCUUUAAAGCCACAAAGUCAUUAUGAUAAUUGCAUGUUCUAAUGCCUGAUGGCAUUGUAUGCUUGUACCACACAAUAUUAUUGCGAUAUUACAUGUAUUGUGAAGCCUGUAUAAAGGACAUGUGUGUUUGUAAAGCAAUAAUAUUACUUUCACUCCAUUUCCAAGCAGAGGAAGUUCUCCUGGCAGGCAGGUGUCAUAGAACACCUGCCUGCCAGGAAAACGACCUGGUUUUGAUUCUCACUCGGACCUGGAAUUUAUAUUAUUUAUUUCAUUUGCAUAUUUCUAGGUUUUUCGGUCACACACAAGAUGAUUUUUCGCUCACAACCGACGCCCAUGUUGACACUGAUGCCAAUGCUGGAAUUUCUGUGAAAUGCGCUCUUUAACGCUAUUGUGUCAAAACCUGCAUUUCAUAACUUUGGCAGGAAACAUUAUCUUUACUAUGCCUUAACUUGGUACCACUGUACUCAUUGCAUUUCCUACAGCCAUAAUUUAAUGAAGGCUUAACACAAAAAGCUUACAAAUGCUGUCACUGCUACUCUUGAGCAGUUGGAUAAUGCUAGGCUCCCUCUAGCAUGUCUAUAGCACUUGCACUGGAGCGACAAUCAGUAACAAGCCACUCAUCUAGUUACACCAUUACACCGUCCACAUUGUUUAAGCAACUCGGUUCAACUUUUUAGCCUUCACUUGCCCCUGAUGGGAAGACCCAUUUAUGGUUGUUCAAAACAUUAGUAACCUUUCUUAUCGCUCGAAGCAUGCCACAAUCGGCGCAUCGUUAAGCCCGACACGCAUCUCGCAGCUCAAAUGCUUUUACACUUGACAUCAACAUUAUUGUUGCCUAUCCUGCUAACUGGCACUUCUUCAUUCAAGUUAAAGGACAUGAAGCCAUUUGACCAAAACUCACUCUACUCCUUUAUUAUGGUGUACAGCAAGGCUAACUAUAGGACCUGAUUGGAAAUGAAUGUUUGGAGAUAUAUGGCAACAUAUGCCCUUUUCAUACUUCGCCACAUCACCCAGAAGAUCCACCCAUGUAUUUACAGCAUCUACAAUAUCACCGAUUGGACCCAUCAAGCUCAACCACCUGCUGUUCCUUCUGGCACCUGUACUAGCGUUUCCUGCUGAAGUUAAAUAAUCGCCAGUUGUCCACUCAGGAGGCCUGCAUGAAUGUGCACACCAAGUUUCAAGCCAUUCGAUGAAACGUGGUGUGUGAUGUGCCUUUGAAGUUGGCGUGUACAUUUAUGCACACCAUGACUGAAAGGAUUAGUGGGGAUUCACUGCAGAAUGCUGCCUAGCAUUAAAUAUAAAUGAACUGUAAAAACCUUAAUUCAUAUGUUCUAUGUAAAAAAAAAAAAAAACAUUGCAAGGUCUGAAAGCAUGGCUUUAGCCUACUCCAAUUCCCCAGAAGGUUUUUCAGCAUUCGAAGUCCCUUGCUGGUGGACAUUACUUCCUACACAUACCAGAUUACUCAAGCUUUUGUGCUGAACAAGCUUAUGUUUUUAUCAUAAGUGUUUAUUUAUAUUUAUAAGCAAGCAUUGCGUGGCUGUGUGAAUACUAAAAUUUUUGAAUCAAGUAAAAGCAUUAGACAAAAAAUGGCUUUAGGUAUGGUAUAUUGCAAAAUUCCUGAUCAAAAUCAGACACAAAGCUAAAGCUAAGCGAGAGUCUAUUUAAUCCAUGAAAUUAGGCUAAUAUACAGACAUGUCCCCAUCAGAGGCAGUGGCCAUGUUUGUGUGCGUGACUUGUUUAUGCUAGUUUUGUCAACUUGUGGCCAAAAAAGAACAAGAUACAUUGUUCAUGAGAUGAAUAGAACCUUCUGCAUUUUCAGUAUGACUUGACUCAACCUCGAUGUGCUGCGUAUAAUUGUAGCCAAUCUCGUUGGUGAAAUAAAUACGUUUGACAAGUUUUCA